UUUUUAGAGAGUCAAAAUUCGAAAAGACUAUACAGAUGGCCUAAUGCAGUUAUCCUGCCUUUAGGGGAUACAUUUAAACGAAGCAUAAGUCAGUUCACACCCAAACUUUCUCUCCUUCUGAGGUUCAAAAUUAAGGAGGGAAACAAAUAAAAUGAAACUUUGGCAAAAGAAAAGAAUAAAAAUAAUUAAAAAAUGAGAAAAACGUAAUAAAAUACCAAAGGCCUAACACGACAGAGUUUUAAAUAGCUUGAUUUCAAAACGAAAUCGUUCUAGUUCCUUCCCUCCUGUCACCGGUAAAUAUCGCCUUGCUAACAUCACAGUUCAAAACCACCGUUUCCCAUGUACCACACCAGGAAGAAGAGUACGAUCCUAAUUUGUCUCUCUCUCUACACACAAUACACACAGAGUAAGAUAGAAAUUCAGAGACCUUAGAACCCUUACAAUCUGAUGAAAUUGCAGAAGAAUCAGAAAGAGUAAGCCCUAAUUCAUCGACGAAAGGGUCCGAAGCAGAGAGCUCCAAUGGCUACACGUCUCCAAUCACCGACAAGUCCCUUCUUCUUGGGCUCCAACAACGAUCAACUCGAACGCGCACAGGCACGUGCAGCACGUGCAGCCGCUGUUCGCCGCAAGGCCAUGACUGCCUCCACCACCAUCUCUCCCUCUGUUCCCUGUCUUGGCAGAGAACAGAUCAUUGAGUUGUUCCAUAAUUGCAUUAAACUUGCAUCAGAAAAUAAAAUAAACCAAAAGAACACUUGGGAGUUGAAACUGAUAGACCAUCUCAGCGAGGUUAUCAAAGUUGAAACAGAGAAUAACUCUGAGACUAACUUUCAAAAGGCGAGUUGCACAUUGGAAGCUGGGGUGAAGAUAUACUCUAUGAGGGUGGAUUCUGUGCACUCGGAAGCAUAUAAGGUCCUUGGUCGAAUCAGUUGGGCAGGUGGAGAGGAUGAAGAAGAAACAGUGGUGGAGGGUGACAGCAUCAACAAUGGACAAGAUGAAGGUGGUUCUAAGAAUGGGUUAGAUAGGAAGAUUUCACCUUUGUCAACUUUGGAGCCAUCUUAUGAAGCUCUUAAUGUGAAGAAGUUUGAGGUUGCAUUUGCAGUGGAUCCUCUUUAUCGUCAGACAUCUGCCCAAUUUGAUGAAGGUGGAGCUAAGGGUCUCCUCUUGAACAAUCUUGGCAUAUAUGGUGGAUGUAGGGUGCUUUUUGAUUCUCUGGAAGUACCAAAUAACUGCGUAUCGUGCGUAUUCCAAAAUGAUACUUCAGAUACGAUUGAUAUCUUUUUUGCUAGAGAAUACAUUGAGCAGAUGGUGAUGAGCAUGCCUGCGAAGAAUGAAAUUUCUCCGACUCUUGGUGACAUUGUUUCUCAGUUUGAUGAAGACAAUAAGAGGCCAUCACAUGCAUUUAAUGAAGACCAAACAUCUUUCUGUAGGGUUGAUUCAAUUGAUGACAGUAAUGCUGAGUUGGAUAGUAAUUCGUUUGGCAAUUAUGAGGCAAUGACCUUUGAUCAUGAUGAAGAGACAAAUGUGCUUGAUGAGAGCUUCAAUUUUGGAGACACGACUUCUCUGAGUCAUGAUGAGGAGGAUGAUCCCUAUAUACCCUUUGAACCUGAUGUGGACGGCACAUCUGAGAAGGUUGCUAUGUUUCUAUUUCAAGGGCUGGGAUUCACUUCAGAACAAAAUGCAUGGGCAGGUCCUGAUUACUGGAAAUAUAGGAAGACUAAGGGUUUGGAGGAUGUUACAGCCAGAAGAAGCAAAUCAGGUUUCAUAACAAAGAAACCUAAGAACAAUAAAGCAACUGAACUUGAUAUCGACUUUAUGAAAGCUUUGGAGAAAGAAAUGCCUAAUAUCUUUGCUCCCCCCAAAAAUGUGAAGUUGAUUUCGCUUCCUCCAAAUAGAGUGCCUUGGGGUAACAUACUUCCUGAAGAUUGCCAUUAUCAACCUGAAGAUCUUGUCAAGUUGUUUCUUCUUCCUAAUGUUAUGUGCUUUGGGAAGAGAAGAAGACUUUCAGAAGACAAGGCGAGGCAAAAGAGCAAUGGUUUCAGUGAAACAUUGCCAUCAUGGGACAAUGAAAAUAUGUAUGGUGGCCAAUAUGAUGAUGGGUGUAUCCACAGUGAUCUGGAAGAUUCAGCAUCUCUCGUCUCUCAGCCUCGUCAGGUAAACAAAAUCGAGGUUCAGUAUGACAAAACCUCUAAACAGGUUGAUGUACACGUGUUGAAGGAGACCCUUUGGGAUCAUAUACAAGAAUCUAUUAAAGUGCCUGAUAUGGUGUGCAAAGACACAACAUCUUUCAGACAUGUUCUAGCUACGUUUCCUGAUGACUGCCAAGCUGCAGCGCCAGAGUAUAUCUCCCCCCAUUUGUGUUUCAUUUGCCUCUUGCAUUUAGCAAACGAGCAUUGCCUAAGCAUCUGUGAUUGCCCCACCUUGGAUGAUCUCAGUAUAUGCCUUCCCUACACGGAGGAAAUGAUCUAGGCAUCAUAACAGUCACAAUGCAUAACGUUACACGUAUCAUGAACAUGGAGAGGUAACAAGCUUCUCCUUAUGUGAGAUUUUGGACUCUUUUAUUCAGUGUCGGAAGAAAAUGUUAAUAUUUUUGGCUUGCCUUUCUCCAUGUCAUUUUUGUUGAUUAUGUGUGCAAAAAUAUAUAGCUUUGUAAAGCACAUCUUGGUCCUGUAUUUGUUUCUUCCUGGAUAUUGUGCAAGUAUAAUAUAUUGUAUAGCAUCAGUUCAGAAGUGA